UCAGCAGAGUCCUAGAGUGGCCCAAAACCAUAAAGGUCAUAGAGCUUUUCCGGUUUCCGGUUUCCCGCCGGGUCAGAGCAUUGAGGUCCGUUUCCGGGAGCGAUAUCGCCAGUUGCAGAGCGCGGGAAGAGCGGUUGUGCCCAGAUCCAAUGAUGGAUAAACAAGAGGAAGUUGAUUGCAAGCCGAUGAUGGAUGAUGGAGGAGGAAGUCAGUCAUUUGAAGCUUCCCUUGGAAGCUCGGGAGAUUGGCUUGAUGUGAAGGAGGAACCUCAAGAGAAUUCAACCCAGCUAUGGGAAACACAGUGGCAACAGUACUUGAAUACAGUGGAGCUUUGUCCCUUGGGAACCCCACAGGAACCCACCCCCUGGGACGAUGCGCCGACCUUCCUGGCCUCCUUCGAGCAAGUGGCUGAAGCCUACCGGUGGCCCAAGGAAGAGUGGGCAGCCCGGCUCCUGCCUGCACUGGGUGGAGAGGCCGAGCAGGCCUUUAAAAGCCUGGAGGGCCCAGAUAGAGAGGAUUAUGGGAAGGUGAAGGCAGCCAUUUUGCAAGGAGACACCAUGAACAGGGAGAAUUACCGCCAGCACUUCCGGUGCUUCAGCUACCAGGAGGCCGAAGGGCCCAGAGUGGCCUAUACCCGGCUGCAGGAGCUUUGCUAUCGGUGGCUGAAAGUCGAGAAGCACUCCAAGGAGGAGAUCCUGGAGCUGCUGAUCCUGGAGCAGUUCCUGGCUGUCCUGCCGUCAGAAAUGCAGAGCUGGAUGAAGGGGCACUGCCUCGAGAGCAGCACCCAUGCAGUGUCCCUGGCCGAGGAUUUCCUGAUCAGACACUUGGUGUCCGAGAGAAGAGAAGAGCAGGUGCCUGCACUCCCAGAAGAAGGAGCUAUGAACCUGCAGGAGACAGAGAGUGAAUCCUGGGAAGAUGACACUGACAUUGAUCUUGGGACAGUGCAGGAAGAUGGAAGUGAGAAUUAUCUGCCUGAAGAGAACGGGCAGGAGAACCAUCCACCUGAAACGGGGCCACGGGGUGUGUCGGCAGAGAGAGCCAAGGACAACAGUCCCCAGUAUUGGAAGGAGGGAGACGUCUUGGAGAAUAGUCGCAGAGCAGAACGGCAGCAGGUGAUCUACCUGAGGAAAGAUGGGCAAAGAUCCGUCCUUUGUGAGAAGGUUGGCAGGGAAGCAAGUAUAACUGUGAUCUGCCAGGGAACCAUCAAUGGCAAGAGAAGUGGGAAGGCCUCACGCUCUCGGGGGAAACAGCACAAAUGUCCCCACUGUGAGAAAACCUUUAGUUGCCCAACACACCUAAGGAAACACCUGAUCCUGCAUUCAGCUGAGAAGCCCCUUAAAAAUCUUGGAAGACACCACACUGGAGAGGAACCCUAUAAAUGUGCAGAUUGUGGAGAGUGUUUCUCACAGAGCUCGUCUCUUGACAGCCACAGAAAGGAGGUGCAUCAGGAAAUGAGAUCUGCCACCCUGCGGAAAAAUGUAUCUAGUGGGAAGAAGGAAUACCACACAUGCCCUGAGUGCGGGAAAAUGUUCUUCAAGCCAUCACAGCUGAAAAUACAUCAACGCCUCCACUCUGGAGAGAAACCCUUUCGGUGUAUUCAUUGUGGGGAGUGUUUUAUGUGGAAUUCAGGUUAUAUUCGCCAUGGGAAGAUGUGUCGCCAGCGGAAGAAAUUGACCCGCCCCCUGCAAAAAGGAUCUAGUGGACAAGAGAGAUCCCACCCGUGCCCCGAGUGUGGGAAAACGUUUGACAGGCCAUCGCGCCUCAUAAGACACCAAGUUGUUCACACUAGAGAGAAACCCUAUAAAUGUGCUGAUUGUGGGGUGCGUUUCACCCAAAGCUCAAAUCUUGACUGUCAUAGAAAACGGAUUCACCAGAGAAAGAGACUGGUCCCUCUUUUGAAAAAAUUACCCACCACGCAGGAGAUUCGGCAGGAAAUGAAAUCUCGCCCCCUCCAGAAAAACGUACCUGGUGGGCAGAAGAAACGCCACUCAUGCCCUGAGUGUGGGAAAAUAUGCUCCCACUCAUCAGUGCUAAAAACACAUCAACGGAUUCACACUGGAGAGAAACCCUAUCGGUGUACCCAUUGCGGGGAGUGUUUCAUGUGGGGUUCAGCUCUUUCCCGUCAUAGGCAGAAGGCUCAUCGGGGACAGAAGCUGGUCCCCCUUUCGUACAAAGUAUCUAGUGGACGAGGGAAAUCUUGCCCGUGUCCCGAGUGUGGGAAAGAGUGCAGGUGGAUAUCAGAACUAAUAAGACAUCGGCGCAUCCACACUAGAGAGAAACCCUUUAAGUGCACCGAUUGUGGAGAGUGUUUCAGAUGGAAUGCAUCUCUUGGUUACCAUAGGAGCAAUUGUCACGGGGGAAUGAAAUUGGUCCCCCCUGUGCAAGGGGGGUCCUCCCCACAUCCUGAGCAUGGGCAAACAUUCAGCAAGACAUCACACCUCGCAAGACACCAGAGAAUCCACACUGGAGAGAAGCGGCACAAAUGCUCCGAGUGUGGGAAAAGUUUUGAUCGGGCGUCGCACCUCGCAAGACACCAGAGAAUCCACACUGGAGAGAAGCGGCACAAAUGCUCCGAGUGUGGGAAAAGUUUUGAUCGAGCGUCGCACCUCGCAAGACACCAGAGAAUCCACACUGGAGAGAAGCUGCACAAAUGCCCCGACUGCGGGAAAAGUUUUGGUCAAGCGUUACACCUCGCAAGACACCAGAGAAUCCACACAGGAGAGAAGCGACACAAAUGCUCCGAGUGUGGGAACAGUUUUGAUCGAGCAUCACGCCUUGCAAGACACCAGAAAAUCUGGAUGGGAAAGAAGUUAUACAAAUGCUCCGAAUGCGAGGAGAGUUUUGUUUGCAGGGCCGGCCUUGCGAAACACAAGACGUCUCACUCCGAAUUGGCCCUCAAGAGUGCAUCUGAGCAACUUGAUGGUGCUCUGUGAGUAACCCUGGGAAACAUCGUUUUGCAACAGAGGGGCUCACCACAGAAAAGGCUUCCCCCCCCCAUUGCUGACUUCCAAAUUUCCUGGCUCAUUUGGAUUUGUUUAGUUUAAUCAAACAAAAUGCCAACUUACUUACUAGCCUAUUGGUAAAAAGACUGUAAUAUAGUACCAAAAUGUAUUCAUUUCAACCAGGUAGGUUUUAUUAAAGACAGGCCGGUAGCUGACCCAAUUCACAAACGUUGAAUUUUGUCCGUUAUAUAAAGUAACAUAAAAUUCCUUCUCUUUUUAGAGUAAGCUUUUGAGAACAAAUUUGUAACUUUUACCCAUCAAAAUAUGAGAGGCGAAUUCUUAGGUGUGGUUCCUUGAUUAUAUGCUAACAAUGUGGUGAAACAAAUUAUUGAAAAAUCAGCAACUAUGUUUUGGACUUUCCAGAGAACAACAAAAAAGCAACUCAUUUGACACCACUUCCAAUAAACAACAGUGUCAUAGGAGUGCUUAUCCCUAAAAAGACUUAAAAUGAUUUUUUUUAAUCCUUUAUUAAUAAAUGUUAAUUAAUGUUGGGAGUGGUGGGAGGAAUUUUUUUCAGUAUGGCAUGGCUAGGAAGAGUAGCUGCCAUAAAAUUGUUAGACCCAAAUUCAUAUCAAUUUAAAGUUCUGCCCACUGAAAUUCCAAAAGCUAAACUUGUGGCAGAAUUUACUCAGUUCAUUUCUAUGUGGGGGGGGUGGGGAGGCAAUCAAGAAUUACAACCAAAGUUAUCUACAGCAUUUGUAAGGACUUUCAAAAUUAUCAGUUGCUGUGAUGACAACAACACAAAACAAUGGAUUGAAAUGGAAAAAGAACUAAAUACAGUCAUACCGUGGGUUGCAAACGCUGCAGCAGGGCCGGCUCUAGGGGUAGUCUGGGUGGCGCAGGGCGCUGGCCCGGUAGGGGGGAGCCGUGCAGAAACCAUGUGCACUGUGCCUGCCCACCAGCCACGGCAAGGAGCGGGGGGGGGGGAGGCGCCGGAGCGAUCUCCGCGCCAGGGCGCCCAACGUGCUUCAGACGGCCCUGCGCUGCGGGUUGCAUGUUUUCAGGUUGCGGACCGCACUGAACCCAGAAGUACCGGAAUGGGUUACUUCAGGGUUUUGGCGCAUGCGCAGAAGCGCAAAGUGACAUCACUCGCAUGCACAGAAGCAAACACUGCGGGUUGCAAACGUGUACCUUUAAACAAAAUUAGAGCAAAUUCAUUUAUCUCCACUAGAGUGCAACACCUAGAGAGAAUUUACAACCCUUUAAAUUUUGGAUUGAAAAACUGAAUGUGCUUUUAUCAUCCUCUCUUUAUAGCGAUAAGUGUCAUUGAUUUGCCAAUUGCGAAAGGAACUAUAUAUACCUAGCAUAAUAAAUACCUUCAUAAUGGAGUUCAAUUAAAAUCCGGCCAACAAUUAAAAGAAGAAAAUAUCAGGCACUCCUGGUAUAAUAUACACCAAAUUCUCCAUUUUGCCCCCCUCCGGUAGUGAAACUCAGGCUAAUAUGGAAAUUAAUGACUAUGGAAAUGCUAAUUACACAGUGUAAGAACCCAGUUUCUUAAGGGACCUAAUAUCCAGUACUUACAUGGGCUACCAAAAUGUUAAGAGUAGAAAAACUUUCAUGUCUAAAAACUCACACCCUUUUUUAAUAUACAAAUUUGUUAAAGGGAAGGAGGGAGGAUCAGUGCAUCCAUCUUAAUUUACACAUAUGUUGAUAAUAUCUGCUCCAAAUGUUCAAACUGGUCCCCAAACAAGGUUGGUGUACAUAGAUUCAGUGUUUCUGUGACUUUGAUUGGAGUUAACCUGCUUUGCAGCCGCUGCAUAUGUUUUCCCCAGUACAAUUUACUCUUUGUUAAUGCACUUUCUGACGCACUCUUAAUUUGUCUCUUCUGCUCCUUAAGUUGCUGAUCUCCUACUUCACAAGCUUCCAGUAAAUAUUCAGAAACAAUGGCAA